UGUCGCUCAAUCAGCCAUAUUGAAGCUGCCUGUGACCUCCAGUCCACCACAAUUUGCGGCCGGUUGAAAGCCUGCACACUCCCUUUGUACCGCCUUUUUGUUGCCAUGACCAGUAUUCGCAGUCUCUGAUUUCCAACGUUCACUUCGGCCACAGCCAUUGUCUGUCACCUGCGUCUCUAGUUCAGAGUCCCUCACACCAAUCUGCAACAUGGCGUCCCAGACGCCAGCCGUUGUCAUGGACAACGGAACUGGUUUCUCAAAACUUGGAUUUGCCGGAAACGAUGCUCCUUCAUGGGUGUUCCCUACAGCCAUUGCGAUGAAAGGUCCAGGAGGUGGAGCCGCAGGGUCAGGUUCAGGGAGACCAGCUCCAGCCAACAAACCCUCGUACCUCACCGGUGGUGCUGGUCCAAGUUCGAAUCUGGCAGCAAAACGUGGAACAGAAGACCUUGACUUCUUCAUUGGGGAUGAGGCACUCGCAGCAUCUGGUGGCCCUGGUUACAGCAUAAACUAUCCCAUCAGGCAUGGACAGAUAGAAAACUGGGAUUAUAUGGAACGAUUCUGGUCAAACUCCAUAUUCAAAUAUCUACGAGUCGAGCCGGAGGACCAUUACUUCUUGCUCACGGAACCGCCCUUGAACCCUCCUGAGAAUCGCGAAAACACCGCCGAAAUCAUGUUCGAGUCCUUCAACUGCGCCGGCCUCUACAUCGCAGUACAAGCCGUCCUAGCGUUGGCUGCGUCCUGGACAUCUUCCAAAGUGGUCGACAGAUCCUUGACCGGUACUGUCAUUGACUCUGGUGAUGGUGUUACCCACGUUAUCCCGGUAGCGGAGGGUUACGUGAUAGGUUCAUCGAUAAAGAGUAUACCAAUUGCAGGUCGAGACAUUACCUAUUUCGUACAAAGCUUGUUACGUGACCGAGGAGAACCUGAUAGCAGUUUGAAGACGGCCGAAAAGGUGAAGGAAGAGUACUGCUAUGUCUGUCCGGAUAUCGUCAAAGAGUUUGCUCGAUACGACAAGGAGCCCGAUCGUUUCCUCAAGCACACAGUGACUUCUCCUAACGGCAGAUCUGUCACCAUCGACGUUGGAUACGAACGCUUCCUUGCACCCGAAAUCUUCUUCAAUCCCGAGAUCUAUUCUUCCGACUUCCUCACCCCACUACCUACCGUUGUCGAUGGGGUUAUUCAGUCGUCUCCUAUCGAUGUUCGCAGAGGGUUAUACAAGAACAUUGUCUUGUCCGGUGGUUCGACUUUGUACAAGGACUUUGGCCGCAGGCUACAACGAGACAUUAGACAUUUGGUUGAUGCACGUAUUCGAGCAUCAGAGGUACGAAGUGGAGGAGCCAAAAGUGGUGGCCUAGAUGUACAAGUCGUCACCCACAAACGACAACGGCACGGACCGUGGUUCGGUGGAAGUCUGUUGGCAUCGACUCCGGAAUUCAGGAGCUACUGCCACACAAAAGCAGAGUAUGAUGAGAUUGGACCUAGCAUCGUGCGAAGAUUCGCCCUGCUUGGUGGCCCCGGGAGUUCGUAGAUAUGAUGUCUAGGUUGAUAUGUGGAGUACGAAAAAAGAAAGGACCUCCUUGGGCAGAAAAUGAAGUUCGAGUCACUUAAAGUAGAGCGAAAGUAUUCAAUCCUAUCAGGAAAUGCUUUUCUGGCACCAAUAUUAU